CGGAAGAGUUUGAACUUGCUUUGACAACAAGUAACAGUGCGGAUUGUGGAACAAGUCGCCGGGUCGGAGAGAACUUUGGAUAAUGUCUAGCAUGGAGAAGAAUCUGUUCAACCUGAAAUUUGCUGCUAAAGAAUUGCAUCGAAAUGCCAAAAAAUGUGAAAAAGAAGAAAAAACAGAGAAAGCUAAAAUUAAAAAGGCCAUUCAGAAGGGCAAUACAGAGAUAGCAAGAAUACAUGCAGAGAAUGCAAUACGACAGAAAAAUCAAGGCAUUAAUUUCUUGAGGAUGAGUGCCAGGGUGGAUGCUGUGGCAGCAAGGGUUCAGACUGCUGUGACAAUGGGCAAGGUAACAAAGUCUAUGGCAGGAGUAGUGAAAUCUAUGGAUACUACUCUGAAGAGUAUGAACCUAGAAAAGAUCUCUGCUUUAAUGGACAAAUUUGAACACCAGUUUGAGACACUAGAUGUGCAGACACAGCAAAUGGAAGAUACAAUGAGUAACACUACCACAUUAACCACGCCACAGAAUCAAGUGGAUAAUUUGUUACAUGAAAUGGCAGAUGAAGCAGGUCUUGACUUAAACAUGGAAUUGCCUCAAGGCCAGACUGGGUCUGUUGGUACCAGUGUAGCAUCCACAGAACAGGAUGAGCUAUCGCAAAGACUGGCCCGUCUGCGUGAUCAAGUGUAGGAAAGACACCAGCUUUUCCAUAAGUGCAUUUUUGCAUUUCACCUGUACAUAUAUGCAGUGCAUAGUUUGGGAUAUUUUCUUGUGCGUGUCUAGAAGCAUAACUGCUUUCAACAAUUCAACCUAAUAUAUAUAAACCUUUAUGGAUGCUCUGAACAAGCAUAUGGCAUGACGUUGGAAUGUCUAUAAUGCCAAUAUUAGAACGUUUAAUAUACCAAACUACAGGACCCGGUUAGAGAUGUACAAGCAGAUCAUUUGUCUUAUAAGCAUAUUUGUGAAUGGAACUUUGUGCUGUCUUUGAAAGUCUUUUUAGUUGUGACUCAAAUGACUUUUCCUGUUUAUCACUCUUCAUUUUCAUCUAAGAAAGCUUUAUAUAUAAUUUAUAGUAUUAUUGUUUUCUUGCCUUUACAUUAAAUUGGUUUUAUUGCUAAA